CGCCCCUCCGCCCGAGCUGUGUAGCUACUGUUUGGUCACGUGACGGCCGUUAGUGGCUUUGUGGUUUCAGCGGUUUGAGUACGACGUAGCGGUGCAGCAGAGAGGAAGCACAACAACAGGGAAAACACGUCUGAUUUCACGCUGAUUAAGGAGGGCGGAGAUACCAUGUGGGAGUCACAUGAACGACAAGGAUGAGGCAUAAACAAGGAGGAAACUUGAGGAGAUUGCUGCAGCACAGUUUCUGCCUCACAGAGGGGGUUUGCUGCUGGUAAAGUCCCACAGGCUCAGCACAAGCAGCCCCCUGUGUCCCCUCCUCCCUGAGCAUAUGCAAUGAACAUCACUACUCAACCUCCUGUUAUCAUAGAUGGGGAUGUGGCAGUCAGCUAUGUGUUGGUGCCAUUCUUCCUGAUCACCAUCAUUGGGAUAGCUGCAGCUGUGGUUAUGUACAUACGUAAGAAACGAAGAAUAGACAGGCUCCGCCACCAGCUGUUACCGGUUUACUCAUACGAUCCGUCCGAGGAGCUGAAUGAAGCUGAGCAAGAGAUGUUAUGGAGAGAGGAGGACACAAGGAUUGUACAAGGGUGGGCCAGAACUUAUCAGCAACGACGCCCCCUUCUGACUAAAGAUGUCCAUGCAUGACUGUAAUAAACGCAAGAACAUUUGCAGCAGCAUGGAAAUAUCCUUCAGCCAGAGAGAUCACAAAAAUUUUGAAAGUUGUGCACAAGACAUUUUUUGACCUUUUGCCCUCAGAAUCAGUCAUCAUCUCUCUUUUUUUCCCAGAGACAAUGAGUGCUUAUUGUGAGAUUUUGAUGCCAAUCCUGUGUGCCUAACAGUUGCAGUUUCUGAUCUAAAACUAUUUAUUUGAGGGUAUUUAUUCAGCUUUUUACUGUGAUGUUGAGUGUCAUGAUUGAAGGUUAAAAAUGUGGCAUCCAUCCAAAGACAUAGAUUACAGAACGUUUACUCCUGAUGCUUGAUAAUGCUGUUGAGGGAGAUGGGACAAGCAGUUUUCUUAGGCACCAUGUUUACAAAAUGUCACAGGUAUGAUUGUGUUCUGCCAUCAGUUUUGCACUGAAAAUUAUGAAUUAACUAUAUCAGAUCAGAUCAUUGCUCCUGCUGUGAGGGAGUUUCUAACCUUGGUUGGUAAUUUUCAGUUAAUUUUCUGUAUAGUCUUCAUGGCUUCUGUGAUUAAAUACCCAUAGCACUUAAUCAAACAGCAAAAGUAUUAACAUAAAACUUUACAGUUCCAAAGUUUCAAAAUACUUCGAUGAAAUGAAAAUAUAUUAAUACACAAGAAGAUAUUUUUGUUGAGGAUGCUUUCUCUUUCAUUUUUAUUUCACUUUCAGGAUGAAAGCAACCUUUGGUUUCAAUUUAGUAACUGCAUUUAACUACCUGCCCCAUGACCUAGAUCUCUGUGGUUUAGCCAGAUCCUAUGAAUCUUGUCUAUGGCAUGACAAACAAGAUCUGGAAGUAAGCUACGCCAACCUACUCUCAUCCCCACAAUGAGUCGUGACUAGUGCCCUAAAUAUGUCCUGUCUGAAAGACAUGGCACCAGCAUGAAUUUACCUCCGGCUGAAGAAUCUGUGCAGAUAAAUACCAUAGGUCUGACUGUAUAAAGUACUCAGGAAACAGCUAUUUUUUCUGAGAUACACUGUUGGAUUUUCUGACUAUUUGCCUUGCAUUUGUGAAUGUAACCUGAAUACAACAGAACUGUUAAACUGUCCUUGAAUGAGAACACCACUCAGUGGAAGAAGUAAUGUAUUUUAUAGGUCUGGAACUGUUCAGUAUUUCUGAGCAUAAUUUGGACAAGUCUUUUCCAAAACCAAAAACUAGACAGCCAAGAGUCAUAAUGUCAUCAGGUGUAAAAUCUCAAGGUGCUCCAUGGACAAUCAACAAAGGAUGGGUUUCAUUGACCCAUACAAGGUUUUGAGUUUUUGCAUUUAAUAUUAGCUUUAUUCUGUUGUCUAAACCAGCCACUGUAUCUUGAGAAGAUGCACCUGGGUGCUUCUCUAGUCAUUUUUACUUUAUCUCCCUAUCAAUGUUUUACAGAGCAGCUCCUGAUUUUUUUUCACCUAAUGAUCCCCUCUGUCCAUAUCUGAAAUGUAAUGAAAAUAGGCCACUUACAAUGUGAAUUGAAUCCACUGUGUUACUGAAAUAUUUGACAUUGAUUUGCACUGGUAAAACGUGACAGUGCCUUAUAAACUUUUCAUCUAAGGCUGUGAUGUUGGGUAGCACUUGAAAAUGCAACUACUGAUGAAAAUGAAAAUAUAAAAAAUAAGUAAACUUGACUGCACUGUUACAAAGUUUCACCAUUAAGAUUGUUGUAAUAUUUUGUUGCUUUAAGUGUAAAUUGAUGCCAUGUUGGUUUACACUGAUGCUUCACACAAUGAAAAUAAGUUAAAGUAACCUCACUGAGUUUUUGUGCAGUAUUUUGGUAAUAGCAGCUGAUAACCGCUAGCAAACAUACAAAGCUACUAAAUAGUAAAAGAAACUUUACAGCUCAGUAUCAUAGUCAAUGUUACAAGACAGCGACAGAAGAAGUGACCAAGAAAAUAAAUUCUUGUCUUUAUUGACCAUUUCUGGAUACAAACUGUCGUAGGGCACCAUAGAAAUAUAGACAUUGUACAUUUAUAGACAGUGUACAUUAAAAAGAAUGAUCCCAAUCCUAUUGACCUUACAGUAUAAAUGAACAUAUGCAGAUGUUGGUAUGUAAAAUGGCAUUGGAUAUGGUCAGAGUAGUUGGAGAAUGUGAGCUGAUAUGAUCAGUCUGUAUGAAAUAUGGGGAGGAUGGCUGUGUGUGGUUGUGCCAAACACACUGAGGCCAAUAACAGGAUAAUGAAAGUGGAGAGCGCGCCCAGUCUUUGUCACAAACACACAAACAUUUGUCCAUGAAAAUCUGAACCAACAUUUCAGUGCACCAGAAGAUCUAUUUAAAAAAAAAAAAAAUUAACAGAAAAAACA